AUGGGCCCAACACGGUCACGUGCCCCAAAGCGCACUAGGUUUUUUUCUAACUUUGUACGUAUACGUUAUACAUAUCCAGGCACAAUGGCAGAGGAUCAGCUGGUCAAUAUCAAAGACGAGUAUGAGUUGUGGAGAAAGAACUGUCGAUACAUGUACGAGUUUGUGAGCGAGACUGCCUUAACGUGGCCUUCGCUCACGGUGGAAUGGCUUCCGGACCAUAAGAUUGGUGAUGUUAUAGACGCCCAGUUGUUGCUAGGGACACACACAUCGGGCGAAGACACCAACUACCUCAAGCUUGCAUCAACACAAUUGCCAAGAUCUGGAGUCCAAAGGAACGAGGGCACACCUGCUCCCAAGGUUUCGUCGAAAAUCAAGAUUAUGAAGAAGUUUGAGAACACGAGCGAGAUUAACAGGGCCCGUUAUAUGCCCCAGGAUGCUAACAUAGUUGCCACGAUCAACGGCAGCGGUGAAUUGGAUUUUGCCGAUUUGAAUGCGGGCAAGUCCAUAGCCCAUGUUUCCCCACACACAGAAAACGGCUACGGUUUGUCGUGGAACGCGUCUCGAAAGGGCUACUUGCUUUCGUCGUCGGACGAUAAAUCUGUCGUUUUGACGGAUUUUAACACGCUUGAUAAAAACGACGGGCGUGUUUUCAGACUGGAGGUACAUACAGAUAUUGUGAAUGACGUGAAAUGGCACGCUUUCGACGAAAACGUUUUUGGCUCCGUGUCCGAUGACGAGAAAAUGCUUCUCUUCGACACGAGGUCGCCUGAAAAGGCAGUCUCCUGUUACAGUAGCGUCGGAUCGAAGGGAAUCAACUCGCUUGCGUUUUCUCCAUUUUCAAAGAACUUGUUGGCCAUAGGCGACACCAACUCAAACAUCAACUUGUUGGAUCUCCGCAAGCUCUCGUCCAUUUCCAAAGGAGGCGAAGCACUUCAUACUAUGAUGGGCCAUGGGGACGCCAUUACGUGCCUCGAGUUUUCUCCCCACAAAGACGGAAUCAUAGCGUCGGGUUCGCAAGAUAGAAGAGUGAUUAUUUGGGACCUUUCGAAAAUCGGAGAAGAACAGGUCCAGGAAGAUGCAGAGGACGGCUGUCCAGAAAUUUUCAUGAUGCAUGCUGGCCACACGGGUGCGGUUACAGAUCUCAGUUGGUGUCCAUUUGUGGACUGGACUCUUGCCUCUGUGGCGGACGACAAUAUUGUUCAUCUUUGGGAGAUAAGCAAGUCUUUGGUCGAGGAUGCUCCUGCGGUUGUCAAUGACGCCGACUUGGAGUAG